UCCUCGAGCCCCCUUUCUUCUGUUCGUGCUCUAUUCCUUUAUAUAUUGACGGCCGGAGGCGACACACGAAGUGGCGAUGGCAGUCGCGAUCGCAGCCGAUCCCAGUUUCCGAUUUCGAUGGAACCGUCACAUGUCUCCCACCCUAAUUUCUACGAUUUUCUCAAUCGGAUGCGCCGACCCGCUGCCGCCGAUCUCGUCCGCUCCAUCAAAAGCUUUGUCAUAUCGUUCCCAUUUCAAACCUCCAAUGCUGAACAUGAUGGCAACAAGGUGCAAGAUUUUCUUGCUAUGAUGGAGACCACCAUCAAGGAGCAUCCCUUGUGGGCUCAUGCCACAUAUGAGGAAAUAGAUAGUGCAAUUGAGGGUUUAGAAAAGUAUAUCAUGACAAAGUUGUUCACUCAUACAUUUGCUUCCUCCUCAGAAGAUGCGAAGUUGGACCUUGAGAUUUCAGAGAAAAAUUGCUUGUUGCAGCAUUUUAUUAAGCCAGAUCACUUGGAUGUGCCUAGAGUUUUUCAGAAUGAAGCUUCAUGGCUGUUUGCUGCAAAAGAGCUGCAGAAAAUUAAUUUUUUUAAAGCUCCCCGAGAUAAGCUUCUCUGCAUUAUGAAUUGCUGCCGCAUCAUAAACAAUUUAUUGCUCGAUAUAUCAAUGACAACAAAUCACACACCAGCUGGGGCUGAUGACUUUCUUCCUAUUCUUAUAUAUGUUACUAUCAAGGCCAAUCCACCCCAGUUGCAUUCCAACCUUAAAUUUGUUCAGCUCUACAGGAAGCAUUCCAAGCUUGUCUCAGAAGUGGAAUACUACCUUACCAAUCUCAUUUCCGCAAAAACAUUUAUAACAAAUAUCAAUGCCAGUUCACUGUCCAUGGAUGAGAGUGAAUUUCACAGGAACAUGCAAUUAGCAAGGUUGGCUAGUGAGAUCACUGUCAAUGAGCCUAGUGGUACAGUCCAACUUUCAGAAGGCAGCCCUCCUAUCGUGAGAAACAAGUAUAUCUAUGUUGAAGGCAAUGGAUAUCCGUUCAUGGAGGCAGAAGCACGGGACUUACGGUUGGAGGACGUGCAGCAGUUGCUUGGCUUGUAUAAGCAAGUGGUAACUAAGUACAGAAAGUUGUCAGAGGCUCUGAGACAGCUCUCCAUAGACGAAAAUCAGCUCCUCGACAAUCACCAACGUCAAGAUAUGAAGGAAAAGAUCGAGCAACAGUUGGAGCAAGCUGGCAACAGUGGAGGCACAAGGUGAAUGGCAUUCAAUUAGGUACACUCUCCCAAUCUACGAGUGCUGUAGAAUGGUCACAGAGUUGUCGAUGAUCCAUCAUUCAGUGUAGGUUGUGUGUAUAUCUGUGCGCAAGCUUCUAAUCUAAUCUGUGCAUCAGGCUGCUCCGCUGUAAGGUUGACCGCAAGCCAUCUCAUCCUUUGCUCCUCCAUUAGCUGGUGCGGUUAUCACAUGUAAAUCCAUUCUGCAAGUACCACAUCAGAUUUGUUUUGUGGUUAGAAACAGUCAGAACAA